AUGGGACUUGCAAAUGACUCCGAGAAUCAAAGCUCAAAUGAGCAACAGAUAAUUGACAAAAUCAAAGAAUUGUUUCCACAAUUAGAAAUUGAAGAAGAAGCUUUAAUCAAUUGGGAAGUUGACUUGAUAGAGAAUAUUGAUAACUAUGGCAUGGAAGAUGCUAUCUCAAACAUUGUAAACUACAAUCCGCAAAAUGGAUCAACCAUCCACGACCACAAUAUAAAUACCGUGCUAAAUUUGGUUCUGACGCAACUCAAAGACGGUAACGAGUUCGGUGCAAUUGUCCUAGAAGUGCUAUGUACGAUGCUAUCUCAAAGCCAAAUCCUCAGAAUAAAAAACCACAACAACUUGUCUGAACUAGUUAAUCAGUAUGUGCAUUUUUUGAAGGGACCUUAUAAGAACAGACCCAGUACUAUUCUUAAUUCACUUAAGAGACUAAUUUUAAUAUUGAUGGAUUUAGGAUGCACUGUCGAAACAUUUCGAAAACUUGCCACCCCGCUAUACACUGGAUCUGAUGCUUUGGUUCAGCUGGAAGUAGUAGAGUUUUUGAAUGAAAUUUUAGAAAAAUAUCCAACUCACUAUCCAUUCGUACUCACACAACAGCAAAUAAACUUUCCAAUUUCAAGCACUAUCAAUAAAUCAUUCUCGAUAUACGGUUGGAUAAAGUUGAGUAACCGCAACAGUGAAAGUAACAACUUUGGUAUUGCGACCUUGUCAAGUUCCGAUUCAUCCACGAGCACAAUUUUCACCCUUCGGAUCGUAAACGGAAACCAGAUCAUGGUAGAGAUGAAAAAUCCCAUAAACAAAUCUAGGUCACAGUUUACCUUUAAUCAUAUUAUUGGUGAAACUUUUGAUGAACCUUUUCAGAUAGCAUUGACGUAUGAUGAGAGAACUAACCUCAACUUGUACGUCAACGGCGAAUAUUAUGAAAGCAUACCUUGUUCAGGGCUUCACAAGGACAGCUUGAGUUGGAAUAAGAUUUCGAUUGGUGAAUUUGACUGCGGUUUGAUGAUUAGAAAUAUCACUUUGUGCAAUGUGUGUCUCCCUCAGGAGUUGAUUGAGUAUUUAUUCUGUUUGGGAGUCGGAUCUAACGUACAACUCAGAAGUUUGGGCGACGGACCAUUGUCAAACUUGAAAACACAACUUUCAUACAGUUCCCUUUUCACCUUUGCAAAGAAACACACUGUGAAUAAGAAAGCAGACGGCAAAUCGAGUAAUCAGAAAAAAAGGGUGCUUGGAACUAAACUGAAUAGACGCGACAACGGUGAAAUGGAUGACUUACAUAUAAACCUCAUGCACAAAGCACUGAUUGCAAUCCUGCGUUGUGGUAUAAGUGAUAAAAAUGUGCUUUUUGAUAUCAAUGAUAUAUUCAAUGACUUGAGCCAAAGAGUUACCUCAAAGGGAGACAUUGAGACAAAGGUAAUCUUUUGCAAUCCCAUUUCGAUAUAUCAAGAGUUUCAUGUGUUUGGCACAUUGCCCAGGCUAUUAAAAGUAAUGGAGGAUUCCUGUAAAUUAAAGGAUGAAGUAUUGAGAGAUACUCUCUUUUUGAAAACGUUGUCCUUUUUGUUCAAGCUUUUAACGAAUGACUGGAGACUUAGCAAAGAGUUUGAAGGUUUUAAUGGCUAUAAUUUAUUGGCACUCAUAUUAUUUCAGUACAAAGCUGUCAACCCAAGUCUAGUUUUUCAUAGCGAUGUUGUUAUCGCAGAUGUAUCUAGAAUUGAGAAUUCGGGUUGUCACAGCAUGAAUCUAUUGAAUGUAUUGUUGUUCUAUUGCGGUUUUGAUUUUUCCAACUCAACUAAAUCUUUAAUCAUCAAUUCAGACUGUUACCGAAUUUUGGUUUUAAAUUUCGAUUUAUUCUAUCGAUCAGAUUCGUUCGAGUUUCUCCUUUCCCAUAUAAGUGUUUUACUUUCAAAUUCUAACUACGAGCAGCAUAACAUGUUAUACAUCAAAAGGGCAAAUUUGUUAAAGCGGUUGCUACAUUUUCUCAAAAGCGCAAAAGUUAGAGAUGAUCUGCUAUCGCCAAACUUUGAGCAUACUUUACUCCGAUUGAUGUCCACUGUCUUGCCAUUGGAUGCAACUGCAGAGUCAAUCCUAGCAGUAUCCACUUACAUAAUGUUCGCCAUUUACAGUCCAGAAAGCUCAAAAAUCUGUGCAAUUGCCGUAUUAAAAUCCCUCACAGACUUCAUUUGUGAUCCAGAAACACCAAUCAAGACUUUAAAGAAAUUUUCACGAUCGAUAACUAUACAUUGGAUAAACCUUUUAUUCAAGAGCGACAUGGAGCUUGCUGUUUGUUGUGGAGUACGCUUGCUAACUCGUUUAUUGAAUAUCUUGGGGAAACAUGUCGUGAACCGGUUCUUUCUGCAAAACCAUGGACUCGAUAUGUUGGCGCUGUCCCUUGAGUCUUGGUGGAGUAGUGGAAACGUUUUAAAAUCCCUUUUCCUGGCUUCCCUAGGUCUUUCAGAGAACUACAACGCUGAACUCCCGAUUUUCAAAGGAUCCACAGAGAUACUUUUUCCCGAGUUUCUCUUGCUCCUUAACGAGUUGGAAUUGAAUGCAAUGUAUACGUUGAGCAAUAAUUUGGGUAUGACUGUGGGGAGUAAUCCAUCCACUCCAGUUAAAACGAGCAUACAGGAGGAUGUAUCUCUUUCGUUUGAUGCCCUUCAUCUGUUGAACAUGUAUUGUGACUGGUUAGAAAGGCUCAAUAUUUUGCCCAGUAUGGAAAAGUCGGCCCCGUUUAUGGAUGGUUUAAUACAUCUAUUGGCGUAUUUGAAACUAAGCUUGACGUGGUUUUCAGAUGGUACUACAGCACACAGUUUUGCAGAGCUAUACAAACGAUUGUUAGACUUGUUAACCCAGUACUAUGUGUCCAGUCUACGGUCUAACAAAUUUCAAUCUACUUUUACCGAAUUAAGUGACUUUAGCAAGCUUUUGUUGUUAAAUUACGUAUUUCCAAAGAUCUUUGAGCAUGUCAAGAACUUCAUCACUGUUUCGAAUUUCAUUCACGAUGAAGCUCAAUUUUCAAAGAGCCUAGCUACUUUGCUAAUGAUAUUCUAUAAUGAGUUUUCGAGAAAGAAGUACUUUGUCGCAAUAGAGGACUUGCAAAAUUUUCUAACAUGUCAAGUUGUACUAUUGGAAAAAAAUGAAUCGAAUGAGGUGAGGCGUUUAAACCCGAUAUUGGCUGAAACUGUUUCUCAACUACUCCUACAAAUUGGGUGCGAUAUUGAAAUCACAUUUCUUUCCAGCACAAACCACUUGACGGCGUUGUUGAAGGAACUUCUCUAUAGGCAGGUGACUGUGUUUGACAAAGAUGUACUUGGACCUGAUCGGCUAGUUAUUGUAAUCAAGCUCGUUCUAGGUAUGGUAUUGAUGAAUAAUCUUGAAGAUGAACAGAUAUCGACAGAAAUUACAUUUAGUUUUCUAAGAACUGUAUAUUUACAGUAUAUGGAUGACUUUCCGCUGAUAAUACAGAAAUUGAACUUUGACACGAGCCUGAUGAAUGAAUUGUUUGCCAAUUUGAUUACUAGGGAUGACACCGAAACCUUAUCAAAGCUCAAGAAAUAUCCGCCUGUUGUGAAAAGCAUCUUGACAGAAUACCAUGCAUUGAAACAAGACUAUUUGAAAGCCGAACGUUUGAGGGUGUCAAGCAUUGUGAGAGUCAGUCUUCAUAAUGGUGCAAAGUUGGUUCACACAAAUAGCAUAUAUGUAAAGAGCUUUGAAAAUGAUUGUCAGUCUAUGAAGAGACAGACUUUGAAGGCAGAAAGGACCAAGUACAACCGAACAAUUCAGGACCGAAAUGAGAACAUGUCUCAAUGCGAUCAAGUUUACCAAUCCCUAAAGAGUGAGGCAUUAAGAGUGUUUGGUCUUCAGGAACCAAAUAGUUUCACCCUUGACUAUAUUGAAAACGAUGACAGGAUGCGGGCAAGAUUGGUUAUAGAAGAUCUUUUGUCGCAAUCUGAAAGAUUAAGCUAUGAAGUUCAGGUGCCUUUGCUCCAAUCCAAUGUCGAAGCCGACCCCUCAAAUGAGUUGGACUUUACUGUCAUACCGAAUUGUAUUGAUACGAUGGAUUUUUCUAAUGACCUUAUAGAAGGUGUGCCUGAUAAUUCAGAAUCAUCGAAAAGCCAAGAUAACGAUGACGACAAUGAAGGUGAUGAGCAUUUUGAUGAUAAAAACAGACGUGUUAGUAGGAGCUUGUUUGUUGGUGAUCAAAUCGUGUCCCUUUGGAACGUUUGCCAAAUUAAUGGAUUGGUUCCUGUCGAAAGUUUGUUAAUUUUGGGUUCCAACUACUUGUAUUUGAUUGAGAACUACUUUCAUGGGCAGGAUGGAAACAUUGUUGAUGUCAAUGAUGCUCCACAGGAGUUAAGGGAUCCCAUCAUGCAGUUGGUUAAUUUGCAGUCAAGUAAGCUAGACUUGAACAAUCGUUCGCAUAGAACCAAAAGUUGGGGAUUGGAAAAAUUGAGCUGUAUAUCAAAACGCCAGUUUUUGCUUCGAGACAAUGCACUUGAAAUGUUUUUCAGCGAUGGUUCCAACAUUUUGAUCACCUGUUUGACGCAAAAGGAAAGCAGUGCUGUUUAUAGCAAGUUGUCUCGAUACGCGACUGGUAGAGACAUUGAUCCUGAUCUCGCUCAGGCUUUGGCACUGAACUCGAAUGCAUCACACAAUGACAGUAUUUCGUCAAAAUUGGUUUCAGCGUUGUCUAAUACGUCUCUUAAUAGCUACCUCCACUUAUCAGCAACUAAGAAGUGGAAGAUGGGGGAAAUUUCAAACUUUUAUUAUUUGAUGAUAAUAAACACUUUGGCAGGAAGAACUUUUAAUGACUUGACGCAAUAUCCAGUGUUUCCUUGGGUAAUAGCGGACUAUACGAGUGACACUUUGGACUUGUCGAACCCUAAAACUUUCAGGGAUUUAUCAAAACCAAUGGGGGCACAAACGCCAAGUAGAGCCGACCAAUUUAGAGAAAGAUUUGAGGCAUUAGCUAGCUUGGAUGACGAAGACGCCCCUUCCUUCCACUAUGGAACGCAUUAUUCAUCGGCAAUGAUUGUCACGUCUUACUUGAUUCGGAUGAAGCCGUACGUUCAAUCAUAUCUUUUAUUACAAGGAGGCAAAUUCGAUCACGCCGAUAGGCUUUUCAAUUCAAUAGAAAAGGCUUGGUGUUCUGCUUCUCGAGAUAACACAACAGAUGUGAGAGAGUUGAUUCCCGAAUUUUACUAUUUGCCGGAAUUUUUGAUCAAUGCAAAUAAUUUUGAUUUUGGUAAGUUACAGAAUGGUGAAGAGUGCAAUGAGGUUAAAUUGCCACCGUGGGCCAAGGGAGAUCCAAAGUUGUUUAUCGCAAAGAAUAGGGAAGCCUUGGAAAGCCCUUACGUUUCAGCAAACUUACAUUUAUGGAUUGAUUUGGUAUUUGGGUUUAAACAAAGCGGACAAGACGCAAUCAACUCAUUGAAUGUAUUCCAUCACUAUUCAUACAAUGGAGCAAUUAAUUUGGACAAUAUUGAGGAUGACGUACAGAAGCGUGCAGUUAUUGGUAUGAUCAAUAAUUUUGGUCAAACUCCAGCAAAAGUGUUUCUGAGACCACAUGUAAUGAAAAAUGUCUUAAAUUUGUCAACUUACUACUUGACAUUGUUGAAUGUCGAAAAAGCGCCUAACUUGGUUUUUGAAUCCAAAAUUAGGGCACCAAUAGCAAAGUUAGAAAUUAGUUCCAGAAACCCUCGUCGAUGGGUUGGUAGACAUGAAUGUGUUUCAUGUGAAGAUGAUUUAUUGAUCCGUAAAUCAAAACAGUCGAACUUCACCAAUGGCUCAUUGAUUGUAAAUGACACAAUGUUUACCAAUAUCCAUUCCUGUGAUAUUACGUUUGUUUUGAACAUUGGCUUUAAAAUGUUUUUGACAGGGGCAGCGAAUGGAUUGAUCUCUGUUUGGAAGUGUCAAGUGAAGCCGCAAUUAACCUUGGAUCACAUUUCUACUUUGAGGGGCCAUUUUUGUUCCAUAAAGAGUUUGGCCUAUAGUAGAAGCUUUAAGAUCGGGAUAAGUGUGGAUGAAACUGGGGUGGUUAUAUUGUGGGAUUUGAUUAGAUUCACAUUCAUCAAGAAUCUUUCUCCUGGUGCUGGAAACCGUACCAAGUGUCUUGCAAAUAUUUCGAAUGAUUCUGGGGAUAUAGUAAUCAUCACAGGAAAAGGAGAAGAAGGGGUGUUGGACUUGUACAAUGUAAAUGGUUGUCACAUCCUUUCUCGGGUGAUUGACAAAUUUGACAAUGUCACAGCAGUAACAUUUGGAAUGACAAAUAUUCCAAGAGCAAGUGGAACUAGACCAGCCACACUUUCGAGUCAUGUGUAUUGGUCCAAUGAACUUGUUGCCAUUGCCCGCAAUGAGAGUGUUGAGAUUUUAGAAUUGGCUCAUAAUUCCCAAGUUGGAUGGUCGUUAAAGCUUCUACAAGAGGUGACAGUACACAACAUUAGCGGAAAAAUUACGACACUUUGUUUAUUGAAAUGCUCCGAAGUUGAUCAUGAAGAUAGACUAAUACGCGGUAUGUUGAAGUUGAUUAUUGGCGAUUCAACAGGUAAAGUGUACCAUGUAUAG